CAACGGCUGAGGACACAUUGCCUCAGAGCUCCCCUGGCACGCUAUCUGUUCAUUUGACCCACUUUGUGCUUAAGUUACAACUUAAGUAUUUCAUCGAGACCAAAUUUCCAUUUACUUCAACAAUCAGUUCGAGUAAUUGUCAAGGGAUUACUGUGAACAACGAAAUUUUCCCAUCAUGAGAGGUUUCCGUAACGCUGCUCUUGGCCUGCUAGGAGCGGCUGCUCUCGCCGUCGCCUCCGACGUCCAUGACUUGACCAAGGACACUUUCCCCAGCUUCAUCAAGGAGCACAAUCUCGUUCUUGCUGAAUGUGGACACUGCAAGGCACUUGCCCCCGAGUACGAGGAAGCCGCGACCCAGCUCAAGGAGAAGGACAUCCCCUUGGCCAAGGUUGACUGCACCAAGGAGACGGAGCUAUGCCAGGAAUAUGGCAUCGAGGGUUUCCCCACCGUCAAGGUCUUCCGCGGUCCGGAUAACAUUUCGCCUUACAGCGGACAGCGGAAAGCUCAGGCGAUCGUCUCUUACAUGAUCAAGCAGUCCCUCCCAACCGUAACGACUGUCACCAAGGAGAAUAUCGAGGAGUUCAAGGUUGCGGAUAAGGUCGUGCUGGUCGCGUACUUUGAUGCCGAGGACAAGGCCGCUAACGAGUCUUUCUCUGCGGUCGCCGAGGCUCACCGUGAUGCUUUCCUUUUCGGCGCUACCAACGACGCCAGCUUGGCCAAGGCCGAGGGCGUUAAGCAGCCUGGCAUAGUCCUUUACAAGCAGUUCGAUGAGGGCAAGAGUGUCUUUGACGGCAAAUUCGAAAAGGCCGCCAUUGAGCAAUUUGCCAACACCGCCUCCAUUCCUUUGAUCGGUGAGAUCGGUCCCGAGACCUAUGCCGGCUACAUGACUGCCGGCAUUCCCUUGGCUUACAUCUUCGCUGAGACUCCCGAGGAACGUACUCAGCUCGCUGAGGAGCUGAAGCCUGUUGCUAUCAAGCACAAGGGCGCCGUCAACUUCGCAACCAUUGAUGCCAAGGCCUUUGGUCUCCACGCUGGCAACCUUAACCUGCCCGUUGACAAGUUCCCCUCGUUCGCCAUUCAGGAGACCGUUAAGAACCAAAAAUUCCCCUUCGACCCCUCGGAGAAGCUCAGCCAGAAGGCCAUUGGCAAGUUUGUUCAGGACUUUGUUGACGGCAAGGUCGAGCCAAGCAUCAAGUCGGAGCCUAUUCCGGAGAAGCAGGAGGGACCGGUCGUGACCGUUGUCGCCCACAACUAUGAGGAGAUUGUCUUCGACAAUGACAAGGACGUUUUGCUCGAGUUUUACGCUCCCUGGUGCGGUCACUGCAAGGCUCUCGCCCCUAAGUACGAAGAGCUUGCAGCCCUGUACUUCAACAACGCCGAAUACUCUAAGAAGGUCGUCGUCGCCAAGGUCGACGCUACCAACAACGAUGUGCCCGACGAGAUUGUCGGCUUCCCGACCAUCAAGCUCUUCCCCGCCGGCGCCAAGGACAGCCCCGUUUCAUACAGCGGCUCUCGCACUGUUGAGGACAUGGCGAACUUCAUCAAGGAGAAUGGCAACAACAAGGUCGACGCAUACAGCCCGGCCGCCGAGGAGGACACUGUGAUGCCCGACGCUGAGACCAUGGCUCGCCAGGCGCCUGCGGCUACCGAGGAAUCUUCUGAAUCCGCCACCGAGAAGAAGGAGAAGGCUACUGAGACUGCCUCGGAGGCGUCCGAGGGCGUCAAGGAGUCUGUCAAGAGCAAGGUUAGCGAGGCUACUGAGGCAGUCAAGACUGCGGUCUCGGCUGAUAGCGAGGGCGGUUAUGACCAUGAUGAGUUGUAAAAUAUCUCAUGCAACCUUUUUUUGUUGUUUGCUCUCUUUCGGUUUCUUUGGUUCAAUUUCUCACACAUCUAUACGGUGCUCUCAGCGCUCGAUUGGAUUGAUUGAUUCAUCUGUCUGCCAGAUACGACCUGAAAUACAUGUGUAUAUAUAAAUAUCAACUUUCAACCUACUUUCCCUUCCACA